GCGGUGUCAUUCUAGAACUAAUCAUGUUUUGUGGCAAAGAAAUGGUAGGGAUUCAUUCAACCAAUCAGCCAUAAAGUGAUAACGACCGAUUCUGAAUAGAGUAGAGCAGGCCGAGUGUUUACCGUCCUUAGUCCUUAUUUACUAUUAUCUAUUAUGCACUACGACUCAUGCUGUAACGCGAAUUAGCAAGUUUAAGCUUUGUAAGAGUCAGGAAGUCAGUAUUCCAGCGUACGCGUUACGAUACGAUAUCUGUUUGAGUCUCCAUGUCACGUACAUCGCAAGUGUUGAUCCACGGCUAACCUCUAACACAGUGUAUAAUAUCCCGCAAAAAUGGAUAAAAGGUUAGACGCUUCGAGGUUAGAGAAUCGUGAGGAUGUUAUUAGUCAUUCCAAGAAGAACAAAAAACGAUCCAGUAAGAAAAGCAGUAUGUGUGGCUCGUGGAUGAACAACACACAAAACAAUCAAAAUAACGAUAUAGUACCUGGAAUGGAGUAUCCACAUUUACUGUGGCAGUCUAACAUGCCGCAAAACUUUCAGAACAAUGGACAACGUCUCUUUACAACAACAUCUGACCCUAGCAUGUGUGGUUAUACGCAGAUGCCUAUGACAUAUACUAUGGAGCCUGUUUCAUUGCCAACCAUGUAUAGACUGUAUCAGCCGGUGCCAGUCUCUGGUAUAAGAGCCAUUCACAGCAGACCCCGACGACAUUGUAAUCAAAAUCAACCGUUGAACUUGAAUAUGAAUUCUAUGGCAAAUGGCUACACGAGUCUACAAGAGAAUGGGGGAGGAUCUCCUGUCCCUGCUAACUAUCAGAAUGGAGAUUACACGAGUUUGCCACCUACUGCUAAUAAGAACAAUGGAAUAAACGGAGAUGAGAUAAAUUCGGAACAUCGGAGGUAUUCAGACCCUGGUCUUGGGUCUGCAGAAGCACCGGUACAGAGUCAGAGCGAAGACUCUGAUAGUGCUGACAGUGGUAGCUCCAUUACUACGGUUGGACGUAGCAAUAAGUUAGUCCUAUCUCUUAUCGAACAGAUGACAGAACUGAAAAAGAGCAAUAAUCAAUUGUUUAAAGAGUUAAACGAAACAAAGUCUGAAAUAGGUAGUAUGAAGACAAAAUUAGCAGUUUGUAGUUCUUCGGAUUAUCAACCAGGAAUGUUAUCAGAUUUUAUUCGCGAAAUCAGGCAAGCCAACAAAACAUACGAGGAUGUACUAAUUUCAAAAGUAAAACUCAUGAUUGAGGAAAAGCUGAACCAAAGGUCGUUGGAAGUGGCAAAUUUAAACAAUCAAAUAAUGAAACUGAUGGAGGAGAAAGAAGAGAGUGACAGACGAAUAGCAAAACUGGAGGAGGAAGUUGCCAUGUUGAAGCUGAACGUAAACAACGAAGGCCGCGAGAUCGCCGCGUUCGAGGAAGAGACUCUGGCGCUGAGACGGGAGCUGCAGGAGGCCCGGGCGUCCAAGUGCCUGGCCGAGAAUCACGCGGCAAAGUGCGUAAACGCAAGAUCAGUCACGCCUGUCGCUACUUUCGAUACUACGCAAUCCUACGUAACCAGCACCCCCGUGCGUACCGCUCUAUCCGACACCUGUAGCCUGAUCCCCGCACCACCGUCAUCGACAUCGUCGUUGUCCUCGAUAGUCCCACAACACAUCACCUCGUUACUACGUUCCCGAACCGCGGACCUGGCUCACCAUUUCGUCGCAGACAAGACGAACGUUCAUCGAACCGCUGAUUGUAGCAGUCCGACAACGUCCAUCAAUGCUUCGUGGUCGUUGGACGAUCAGUGUCAGAUGUCUAGCAGCGGUAACCAGUCGCCGCUGAUAGUUACCGCUAGCAACAGUCUCGAGCAACAUCGCACGGAUGUCAGUUUGGAGGAGAGCUCCAAUUUCUCUGCUUCCGAGCUCGCGUUAGAGACCAAGAGUUCCGAUCAACGCGACGACGACGACCUUAUCCUCGUCGAACAUCGUUUGGACGAGAAUCCGAGCUCGAAGAAGACGAAAGACGAGGACACGGCGCGAGACGACGAGCCUAAAACAGAUUCCGCUACGACCAAGAGUCUUGGCGCGAUAUCCUCGAACCUGCAAGAGAAAAGGAUAAGAGAGCCGAAGAAGGAGGUGGAAUUGUCGCGUGGUCAUCAUCAGAGAGUAGGAUCGAAGAAGUCGAGGAAGAAGAAGGGUGGUUCGGUGUCGAAGAGAUCGUUCGUCGAAACGGACAAAGUCGGAACGGUCGCAGAGAGGAACGAGAAGAGUGGGACGAAAGACGCGCGGAGAACGGUGAGCGAGGACGAAGAUCGAAGUCGUCUGAAUGGCGGCGACGACGACGUCGACGACGACGAAACGAGCCGAGCCAUCACCGAGAUCCCGGAAGUGACCGUAGUCGGUGGUGGCUCCUUCGUGCCGAAAGAUCUCUGCUCGACGGGAAUCCUGACCUCCAGAGUCCUGACAGCACCUUCACGCGCUACCUACACCACCGCCUACAUUUAGGCUACGUACGCGCGGGGCCCCUGCGAACCAAACGCGAACCAACGGUCGCCGUUGAGCGAGGGGGGCUUCAAGGGCUUGCUAGAGGCUACUACUAUGUACAUGUCAAAUAGCACGUAGGUCUAUCGUUGUACCACUCCUUUUCUCUCUGUCUGUCUGUUUCCGUAUAGACACUUUUUCUGUCUUUCUUCCUUUUUCUUCGUGGACACGCUUCGCGCUAUUUCUUCGGGCUCGACGAACGACCUUUCGCUUGGUUCGCUGUGUUUACGGAAUAUUUAAACGAAGGUAUUUUCAGCAGGUACCUUUGAGUCAAUAUUUUAGGUAUUUCGAGCCUAUGCUCCAGUUUAUGAACAAGCGUCGAUUAAGAAAAACAAAGAUUAAGAAGAAAAAUAUCGAUUUUAAAGAAGUAUUUUAUCAAGACAUAUAUCGUAGGUUUUUAUCGUGGUAUUUCGAUGAUUUCGUCAAUUGUUUAUUUAGUUACUUGGACUUCUUAAGGGUUCUCUGUUUUAGUUUUUAAGAAAAUAUUUGUUAUGACGUUUACGGACAAAUUGUAUAAAAUGAUUGUUUUAUAGCUGGACAAAAUAUUCUAGAGCAUUAUUUCUAGUACUGUUCUAGUAUUGUUUUAUAGUUGGACAAAAUAUUCUAGAGCAUUAUUUCUAGUACUUUGUUGCCUUUUCUUAUAUUUUUAUCGUCUUUUUCUAGUUGUAUAAGACACGCUCCUAAAGUACGUAGUAUCAUUUCUAAUAUAAACGAAGCGAUAAACUAGGAAUGAAACCUGCAACCAAGCUUAAGAUCGUUCGAAAAUAUUAAUAAUCGUAUGUUUUCCUCGAUGGCUUUUGUUCAAAGUACGAGAAGAGUUAGAGUAUUUUGUACUUUGGAAGAAAUCCGUCUCUGUUUAAUAAUUCACGUAAAUUUAUUUAUCCAUUUUUGUAUUUUCACGAUCUGUCGAUUCUCAUUUUUCUGUACUCUUCUUCUACUUACUUAUUGUACAGUUUCGAUGUGUUCGAAGUGAAAGUGAAAGAAACGAAUAUAUUUCGAGUAUUAUAUCGACAUUAAAAUUUACAGUUGAAAAAUUCGCGAAGAAAAGAAUUUUCGCGGGGAAAAUAGUUUUAGAGUUUGCUGAUUCUUUCACUUUCGCUUUGUAGCUGUAAUUAAUUAUACGAUAAACGUGUGUACAUUUAAAUAGCGUAAAUUAGUACGUUGGCAUGGCUUUUGCAGCUUGUCUAGCAUGCGUUUGAUUUCUUCAUUCUUUGUUUAUCAUUUUCAAUAUCGAGUGUACAUUGUUUUUCCAAGCCUCUAUCAUAUUAUUUUUACUUUAAUUCCCCUUGAACUUUUCAACUGGUUCGAUUUUCGUCAAUUCAGAUCGAUCACUUUUAAAUCAACUUAAACAUCGUCAGCAUUAGGUAUACAGGGAAGGUUUAGUAUUCUUAUACAAUUUUUGUAAAAGUGAUUUUAAGAAUCUCUUACGUUUUUAUAUCGAUAUCGUAAAUAUUAUUUUAAGUAAUGUCCUCGAGUAAAUACGCUUUUUUUUUAGAUGUAAGUUCGAGACAAUUGACCCUGCUACGUAAUAAUGUUAAUAUCUUUAUAUGUUAUAGAAAUAAUUAUACAAUUAUGUUAUAUAUUUCGUUAUUAAUCUAAUGAGUUUCCAAGGAUUGUCGCGUAAUGUAAUUAGUAUUUUAUUAAGAAAAAAAUUGGAACGCAUCGGACAGAAAUUAAAGAUGCUAAAAUAUUCUCUUGCUAUCUUGAAGAGAGCGACGAACAUGAAAUAGGCAUUGGUAGCGUUCGUGAUUUCUUCAAUAAUUUUCAGUUUGCGCAAAAUAUCAGAAAAUGUUUGUCGGGACGUGCGACUUUUCGUUUCGAUUCUACGUUGAAAUUUUUUCGUAAAAUACGGCAAGCAGAAAAGCUUGCCAAAACGAGAGUGAAACUGGAACAUAAAUACACGUAAAAAUUGGAGGAUCGUAGCAGGGUUAAGACUGACUAAAUAGCAACAGUAUAAUACGUACUUCAAUUUAUUGAACAGUGCCAGUUAAAAAGUUCCGACGAUACCCGCAAACAUGUUAACCUUGUUACACGUUUUCGAGCGUCAAUAUUUUCGACGUUACGCAACUUCCCUUCCAGGAACGAAAAUAGAAAAAUAAAAUAAAAAAAAAAAAAAAAAAAAAAAAAGAAAAAAAAGGGAGGAAAAAUAAUGGUUUUCAUCGAUGGCCGAGGACGAGAUCGAAAGAAUCAACGUAUCAUUAUCGAUUAUACUCGUUGCAUCUCCGUCGUUUCGCUCAAACAUCAUAAAAGUCCCGGUGUGUACAGUUUAAACAAGCAAAGUCAAUUUUUAUCUUUCGAUCUGUUCGUUCGGUGGAAAUAACGACCGCCACCGAUACACGUUUCUCCAUUUUUCUCUUCCUCUUACCCAUUCUUUCUCUUUUUUCUUCCCCUCUCUCGAUAUUCCUCUGCAAUUCUCUGUUUCGUUGCAUCGAGUUUGUACGCGGCAAUUUAAUAAAUGAUCAAAUAUUAUAUUAAUUUAAUGUUUUCAAGCCGGCGCUCGCGUUGCGUGUGCGUGCGUGUGUGUGUGUUUGCGCGAGCGCGCACAAAAUUGAUAUUUUCUUUCUUCUACAAUUUCCACGGCAAACAGCCGCCGUAGAAUCCCCGUCAACAACGGCAAACAACAAAUUAAUUCGUUGUUUAAACAGUUCCAGAGGCCGGCUGUUUGUCGCUGGCAAACGCGUUUAACGCCACCGACAAGGAACGAUCCUGCUAAAUUCCAAAGGAACUUCUUAAUACAUAUAUUCCGAAUUUC